AAAAUUAAUGUUAAGGUAGAGGGACCUUCCCAACCAGAAUUAGAGGAGAUAAAGUUGCCGCGUCCUUCUCCCAAAAAAUCGAACGCUCCUCCCUAAUUUCAUUUCUACUUUCAUCUUCUUCACGUCAAAUCGAAUCCCUUGGGAGGAAUCAAUCACCCUUUUCUCCGCGGAAUGAAUGGGGUGAGAAGAGCCCAUUGUUUAUGGUGCUGCAAGACUUCUUUAACAAACAACACUCAUAAUGCUUAUAAUAUUCCAGUCACCAUCAUAAUGUCGAGUUUGGAGGAGCCACUAGCUUUUGACAAGUUGCCAAGUAUGAACACCAUCGACAGGAUCCAGAGGUUUUCAUCCGGUGCUUGUCGCCCCAGGGAUGAUGUCGGCAUGGGACACCGUUGGAUCCAGGGAAGAGAUUGCACCACCUCUAACUCUUGCAAUGAUGAUGAUGAGAGCUUUGGUAAAGAGUCGUUUCCGUGGAAAAGGCAUACUCGGAAAGUGUCUGAAGGAGAAAUUCUGCUUCGGAGUACUUCUUUCUCAGCAAGGAACUCCUCCAAAAGUUUUCAGGAGCAUAACAACUAUCACACCUUUAACAAUGAGAAUGGAGGCAUCUCACAUUCAAUUAAUAAACUCGUUAGAGGGGUACCGAAGUUUGUGAAGAUUGUUGAAGUUGGUCCAAGGGAUGGUCUGCAGAACGAGAAAAAUAUUGUACCCACGUCUGUAAAGGUGGAACUUAUUCAGAGAUUAGUUUCUGCUGGAUUGCCCGUUGUCGAGGCUACAAGCUUUGUAUCACCUAAAUGGGUUCCUCAGCUUGCAGAUGCAAAGGAUGUAAUGGACAGAGUAAAUGCUCUAGAUGGGGCUCGAUUGCCGGUUCUGACUCCGAAUCUAAAAGGCUUUGAAGCGGCUGUAUCUGCAGGUGCUAAGGAAGUUGCAAUCUUUGCAUCGGCUUCUGAGUCAUUCUCCUUGUCAAAUAUCAACUGUACCAUUGAAGAGAGUCUCUUGAGAUAUCGUGCUGUUGUCACUGCUGCAAAGGAGCAUUCCAUUCCUGUCCGUGGGUAUGUAUCGUGCGUUGUCGGGUGUCCAGUAGAGGAGGCGGUUCCACCCUCAAAAGUGGCGCAUGUUGUAAAAGAGCUCUAUGACAUGGGCUGCUUUGAGAUUUCUCUUGGUGAUACAAUAGGAAUCGGCACUCCCGGUACUGUGGUUCCGAUGCUUGAAGCUGUGAUGGCAGUUGUGCCACCAGAAAAGCUGGCUGUUCAUUUCCACGAUACCUAUGGGCAAGCUCUUGCAAACAUAUUGGUGUCUCUCCAAAUGGGAAUAAACAUAGUAGACUCUUCAGUCGCUGGAUUAGGCGGCUGCCCAUAUGCAAAAGGAGCUUCAGGAAACGUAGCUACAGAAGAUGUGGUUUACAUGUUGAACGGUUUAGGCGUUCAAACCAAUGUUGAUUUGGGAAAGCUUAUAGCUGCUGGAGAUUUCAUCAGCAAGCAUCUUGGCCGUCCAAACGGUUCCAAGGCUGCCGUUGCCCUCAACCGUCGGGUCACAGCUGAUGCCUCGAAGAUUUGAGUAUACAUAUAAAAGAGGCUAUUCACAUAUGUAAACUCUUAUGAUUAAAAGAACCAAGGAGAAAAUGAAUACAACUUCUAUGUAAAGAUGAUAUAUUAAAGAACCAUUAUUACAAGUAUGAAUCACAUUGAACAUCA